UCAUAUGGUCUCAUUUAACAUGGUCUUAAACUAAACACAAUAUUGGUGUAAAUGUGCCUUAGGAGACACUUGUAUAUCCUGCACGUUUAUUCUGUAGCAUGCGCGUUCCUCGUCUCCCCAUCGGAUAUAUUUUUAUAUGACACUGCAUCAAAACCUGCGACGGCAGCCAUCUAGCGGCUAGUUUGCUACACGUCCAAUUAUUUAAUUCACGUAUGACAAUUAAAGACCGAUAAAACUCAACCGUGAUGAAGCCAGCAGUCGAUGAGAUGUUCCCCGAAGGAGCUGGGCCAUACGUGGAUCUUGACGAGGCCGGGGGGAGUUCAGGACUGCUCAUGGACCUGGCCACCAAUGAGAAGGCAGUUCAUGCAGACUUUUUCAAUGAUUUUGAAGACCAUUUUGAUGAUGAUGAUGUCCAGUGAGGAAGAUUAUGGGUUUACUUUUUUU